CGAGCAGCUAAGUAUCUUUGUCUGUGGGGUAGCAAGAAAACUUUCAGCUGCGCAUUUGUGUUUUUUCACUACCAUAACAGAAAAGGAACAGAAAACACUGUCACGAGUGCGUUAUAUUUCUGGUCCUUUCUGAGCUCUCUUGAGUGAACAGAGGGUGUCCCAUCAGACAACAUAUCUCCUAUUGUGCAGGAGGUUCUAGUGAACAGAAAUGAACGAAUCUCUUAAUGACAGCAUAUAUGACAAUAACUAUGAGGAUCAAGUCUGUGAAAAAGCUGAGGUGGUCAAGUUUGGAUCCUUUGCCGUUCCUGUUUUUUUCUCCAUCGUGAUCACACUGAGCCUCACGGGAAACAUCCUUGUGCUUGUCAUCCUGGCUUUGUAUGAAAACCUCAAGUCUCUUACCAACAUUUUCAUCCUAAACCUGGCCAUCUCUGACCUCGUCUUCACCACCGGUCUUCCAUUCUGGGCAGUUUAUCACAUAUGGGGAUGGUUGUUUUCGGAGACUCUGUGCAAAAUUGUGAAUUUUGUUUUCUUCACUGGGUUUUACAGCAGCGUCCUCUUCCUAACCAGCAUGACCAUCUACAGGUAUUUGUCGGUGGUCCAUCCUCUCUCUGACCUGAGGGCAAAGAGAGCCAGCACACGAGUUUUUUUGUCUUUUCUACUGUGGGUGGUCAGCAUUGGAGCAGCCAUGCCCUAUCUGCUCUACAGCUCCAUAGUCUCAAUCUACCACAAUGGUGAACAAUCCCUGGGUUGCGAAUACGAAACGACCUUGUUGAGAAACAUUUCUGUCACCCAACAGAAUGUUUUCUUCUUGAUUGCUUUUGCAGUGAUAGCUUUCUGCUACAUUAAGAUACUGGGAAAAAUCACGAAAGCCCGAUCUAGCACAAGAAACAGAGCUGUUAAGUUAGUCUUCUGUAUCGUUGCUGUGUUUUUCCUCGGCUGGGUGCCUUACAAUGUUGUCAUCUUUCUAAGGAUUUUAGGUGAAAAUUUGGUUAAGCCAUUCGAUGACUGUGAAACAAGCAUCCAGCUCGACUAUGCAUUCAACGUGUGUAGGCUCAUUGCUUUCUCCCACUGCUGCCUGAACCCUGUCUUUUAUGCAUUUGUUGGUGUAAAGUUUAGGAAUCAUUUGAAGUCCAUGCUGCAUCGAAUGUGUAUUUGUAGAAGUCCAGUCGAAGAACAGCAAAUUAGGAUGCAAAACUUCUCACGAGGAUCAAUGUACUAGUUGUUAUUGAAGUAUUUUAUUUAUUUCAAUUAAGUACUGCACCAUUGAUUAAAAACAAAAACAAAAAUAGUCGAGCAUGCAUUUGGUAAAAUACCUUUCCGUCAAAAUAAACAAACUGCUUCAUAUGUUUCCAUUUGUAGUAAGGGACAGAGACUAUUCAAAUCAUAAUUUUGCUGUUUAUUGAUGUUUGUCUUUGCUGUAACUAUGUCAUAAAUGUACAUUGAACUCACAACUCAAA